AUGUUCACCAUCUUAUUCUCCGUCGCAGAAUGCGGAAGACACCGCCAUCGCAAUGUUGAAGAGAAGCCAGUCGCCAACACACGCGGUGAUGAUAUCUGGAACGUUGCUUGCUCCAGACUUGGCUGCCCAUAUGUUUGGGGUGCCACAGGUCCAAAUCAAUUCGACUGCUCUGGCCUUACACAGUGGGCUCACCGCCAGGUCGGAAUCAAUAUUCCAAGAGUCACAUACGACCAGGUUCGUGGUGGUUUCGAAACAAACGGCAUGCGUGGCGAUAUUUGCUGCUUCUAUGAGCCAUGCUCCCAUGUCGGCAUUUGCGAUGGUGUUGGAAAUUACAUCCAUGCCCCACAUUCAGGCGAUGUCGUUAGAAUCUCUAACUACUGGGUUAAUGUCAAGCAAUUCAGACGUUAUUGGUAA